AUGCCACACCACGAUAUUGCUACACGUGCCUCGGCACUGAUGUUACGGCUUGUUCUUGAGCUGGAUAACAAGACGAUCGAAGCCCUCACUGGCUUGAAGCCCCGUACCGUGGACCUCAUUGCACAACGGGCACUGGAGCGUGGAUUUGAUCCAACGGCCUCCCCCCCCGUUAUCCUUGACGUAUAUGUCCAAGAUGGCCCUCGGUCUGGCCGUCCUCGCAAACAAGAGCAACAUAAAGAUGAGGUCCUUCAGAAGGUACGGGCGAACCGAUACGGCCGGGAGAUGACAUGUGCGUUUAAUAUCUAA